CGCAUGCAUGCAUGCAUAUGGCAUUUACAGAAAUGUAAAGCACCCGUUGUGGUUGUUAUUAUUAAGGACGCAUAGGUGGAUGCGGUUGUGUUUGUCUUCUUCUUGUUGUUGUUUUUCCUCUCUCACUCUCCUCUUUGGCGCGUGUCUCACCGGGAUGGAAAAAAGUCCAGUUCGGUUUUUGCGUGAAGCUCCAAAAAUCUAUGAAAUGUGUUUGCAUGUUGCUCUCGGCGGAGCGGGGACGUGGAGGAGGUGGGAGGGUAGCGCGAGGCGACGACGGCUUGGAGGAGCCCACGCGCUCGCGUCCGUUCCGACCGAACCCUAGCACCGUUUUUCCGAUUGUUGUUGUUGUUUUUUUUAUUUUCCUUCCCCUUUGAUCACGACGGCUCCUCGUUACAUUGUAUCAACUAAGUCCAUAUAUGUGUGCGCGCGCCGGCGUCUGUGCGCUUGUUUCUCUCGCUCUCUCUCUGUUUUUUUUUUUUAUUAAGUUUUAUUAUUUCUUUUUAUUUUAUUAAACCCAACCAGCUCGGACGUUCAUUCCAGGUCUAAAAGUCAGAAAGCCUCUUAAAAUGUGUGAGAACACGGCAUACUGUCAGUUGUAGGAGCGCACCCUGAGGCCAGCUCUUCGCCUCUGCUAGCGUCAGUCUUUGCCGUGCACCAACCGGUGAGAACAUUGCUGCCCUUUGCCUUUACCCUCCACUCCUCCUCCCCUCCUCCUCCCUCUCCCUCCCCCUUGAGCUGUGGGCCAUGUCUGCCAGUGGGGGGUUGAUGGAGGGAAACCAAGCAAGAGAGGACGAGGAUGCUCGGGACAGCUGCUGCGCUGAUGAAGAAUCGUCGCCCGUGGUGGAGCGCAGGAACCGGAGCGGGAUCAUCAGCACACCGCUCAGCAAGAGCCUCAAACACUCCCGAGCCCUCUCUCAGUACAUCGCCACAUGCUCAGCCGCAGCUGCAGUUGCUAAUGCUAAUGCUAACAGACUUGCCCAGAGUUCCUUAGUGUCCACAGGGAUUAAGUCUCACUCAGUGGACGCCCAACACAGAGGCCAGGUGGGACUUACCAAACUGGACCGGGGCGCGCUGGUUUCUAGCCUUCUGGACUCUCCGAGUGGUUUGCAUUUGGCACAGGCGGCUGAGCUCUUACGACGAGCAAGCAUGCUACUUCCUGUCUCUGACUCCUCUGGCCUUAGCGUGGGUGGGGACAUGGAGGCAGUCUCAGCCUCUGAUUCGCUGGGGAGCGUGACAGACUUUCCGUUGCUGAGCAAUGGUGGUGGAGUUGGGGGCGCGUUCCCUUUCCAUCCGGGCCUGUUCAUCAUGACGCCGGCUGGAGUGUUUCUGGCUGAUGGGGCGCUGUCGCAGGUGACGGGAGCUUCUGAGCAGCAGCAAGCGCACAACGAGAUGGCAGCAGCUGCCAGCGCCAACGCCAAGAAGAAACGCAAACGCUGCGGUUUGUGCCCGCCCUGCAGACGCAGGAUCAACUGCGAGCAGUGCAGCAGCUGCCGUAACCGCAAGACCGGCCACCAGAUCUGCAAGUUCAGAAAGUGUGAAGAGCUCAAGAAGAAACCAGCUGGAGGUCUAGAGAGAUUUCGGAGGAGACUGACGCGUUGAUGACGUCACGUUCUAAACAGCGAUCCACACCUGUGUUCAGAAGGUGAUGCUGCCCACCGGAGCUCCUUUCCGCUGGUUCCAGUAGGACGACGGCCAACCGGACUCCCUGGCGGGCUCAAAUUAACAAACUGCCAAUCACGCUCAACGCCAACGCCCACUCGGACUGCUGCUGGCUCAUAAACACUGGCCACAAAUAACAAAACGAAUAAACAAACAGCCUCUACUAACUGAGAGAGGUAAAAAAAAAAGAGAAGGCACUAAACGAGGACGAAGCUUGUUCUUCUGAACCAAAAAUAGACUGCCAUGGCAGCGUAUCACUGCUUUGUUUAUUUUUUGUUUGUUUGUUUAUUUGUUUGUUUGUUUGUUUGUUCCUUCGUUGUUCUUUAUGUUCCAAUUGGGAACCGUUCUACUUCUUAUUGUGGAGUCGUGUCCUUUGUUGGACACUUUGGGAACUCUGGACCGCCAAACAGAAGAUGUACAAUCAUUUUAUUUUCUGUGUUUUUUGUGUUUUGUGUUUCAUGUGUGGAGGAAUGCUGUAUUUGCGUUAGAGAAUGUAAACUUGAGACUCUGUAUUAAAGCUAGUUAUUAAUCCAGAGCACUAUUGUACAGUUAGCACCGACGUUCUUACUGACUGCUUCAGUAUAUUUCGAUAUGUUUUUUUUUGUUUGUUUGUUUGUUUGUUUAUUUUUGUUGUUUUUUUUGUCCUUUUUUGGAGGGGAAUAGUUUGUCAUAAAAACUGGUUUUCAAGAUCGAUGUUUGAUAUCAAACCGGAUAAAAAGACAGAAAUCAUUAUGAUGUAGCAUCCCUUUUGGCAAACAAACAAACAAAAAACAUCUACUGUUAAAUUUUUUUUUUUUGUUUCAUUUUUGUAUUGUGAACCAGAAUCAAUGUAGUUCUGCACUGACGUCAUUCAAGGAUGGCUGAGACAAACGGAAAAAGGAGCACGAACACCAGCCCGCGGCGUUUACAGAUCGGAUUACUUUCCACGUUAGGUCGUUGUAUCCUGAUUGGUCGAACGGAAAUCACUUAACACGGCAGAGAUCCCUAACCAAAAACUGGAGGCCCUUAUGCUCCUAAACCACGUCAGAAAGCUGUCUGUGCGUUCACCUAGCUUCAGAGAUUCCGAGUGAGAUUAAAAAGGCUCAAGGACAAAAGACAUCCCUCCCUCCUGCACCAUAACCACAUGGUGGAAGCCAUCUUGGAUGGCUGACCACAAUCCGCUUAAUCAGUCACGCUGGUGGUGUUCUGUUCCGAUUUUGUGUUGAAGCCUGGCUAGAAAAGGACGAAUCCCAGAUCCAUAAAGUGUCUGAAGGUCUUCGGCGCGACAUCCGUGUCUCCACAGCCACCAUCCCGAGGGCUGCGUUUGUAAACUGAAUAAACGAAUGCAUGUAUCUGUGUCAGAAACCGACAGCUCUGAGGUCGCAGCUUUCCUCAGCUUUGGAAUAAAUAGAAAUACCAACCAACACUGUUUGAGCCUGGAAUACGUAAAUGUGUCCCUUAUAGUGAAAAGUUUAAUGGCUCUUAGGGAUAAUUAGAAAACACACGCUACUACAAAGGUAACUCGGGUCGAAUCGAUGUCCAGGCAAAUUUCCACAUUCCAAACAUCUCUGUCUUUUGUAGCAUGUAGGGAGGAUUUACAGCCUGCAUGUGGGAAAAAGCCGUCACAUCGGUGUAUUUUUGUUUGGAGUGUAGGAGUGAAUGAGUGUCUAGGUCUGGGUUUUGUUUUGUCUUAUUCUUCUCUCUCUGUGUAAGCUCUGUCUGGAUUAAAUCUUCAGCCUAUUACAGAAACAAUGGGCCUCAUUUAUGAAUCGUUUAGUAACUUUGUGCGUAAAAAAAAAACUCAUAAGAUUUAAAAAAAAAAGAGAGAGGUAAGCCUGAUUUUCUUUGUGCGUUUAUAAUUUUUAUAAAUUGCAAUUAUGUAUAAAAGACCUAAAGAGUGUUCACAGCACAGUUGAUUAUCCAGAGGCGUCAUAAAAUUGUUUCUAUUGCUAAGAAAAAAUAAUGAAAACGAACAUGGUCAUAAGCUAAGCCCUUCUUCUUAUCCUCCAUACACUUCUCCAAACGAUGGAUGAGCUGGUGUAGACCUUCUUUGAUAAAGCCUUCGUUUUGGUUCCAUCUUGGUGACAUUGUCGCCAUCUUUUAAAUGCCUGGCACAAAGUGGUUCUUCAAGUGAUGGUUGGGGAAGUAGUCGAGGCACAAUUUCGUAGCCCAAAUCGAAUGUAAGUUUCACCGUUUCAUGAGCUGAAUGGGCUGGCACGUUGUCAUGAAGAAGACGAACCCCGUUCAUGAGCAUUCCGCGACAUUUCCCCUUGGUUUUGACCCUUUAGUGGCAUUGUGCGGAAUUAUACUGCAGGUUUUGAACAUAUUCAGUUUCAGAGACAUAAUUUGAUCAAAUAUUUUGUUUUUCCGUCCGACAGUAUGCAUUUUAUGACCAACCCUCAUAACAUUUAGUGGCGUAACAACAUUCAAAUGCAAAGCUGACAGAGCUAAAUAGUCAAAAUAACAAUUAAAUAGAGAAAAAGCGCCCCUAAGUGUGACAUUACCUUUGCCCCAAUUGAAUGGCUAGAUUUAUUUGUAUUAAUUUAUGGAUUUGUUUUCUUUUAAGUCAUACAAUAGCGAAUGACUGAGUUUUAUAAAUCGUUCAGAAAAUGUGUGUGAUUGAA